CCUGCAAACCAAACCAAAACAAAACAAAACACUCUUCACACUCCAUUAACAUCAAUCAUUCUCCCUGCAAAUCUCCACUCCAACAAUGUCUCCAGAACCUUCUCAUCUCCUCCGCCUCCUCCUCUUCCUCUCCGCCGCACUCCCCCUCUCCUCCGCCGCCGCCGCCACUCUCCACCAACAACAACAACAAUCCGGCGGCGUUUCACUCAACCUCUGGUGUGUAGCCAAGAACAACGCCGAAGAUUCCGCACUUCAAUCCGCCAUCGAUUGGGCCUGUGGAGCCGGUGGAGCCGAUUGUUCCCCGAUCCAGCAGGGCGGCCCGUGUUACGAUGGGUCGGAUAUUAGGAAAACGGCGUCGUAUGCGUUUAAUGAUUAUUGUACUAAGAAUGGGAUGACUGAAGAUACUUGUAAUUUUGCUAAUACUGCUGCUUUAACUUCGCUUGAUCCGAGUCAUAGCAGUUGCAAGUUUCCGUCAAGUAUGGAAGGGAAGACCACACAAGGAACAGCAGCAACAACAGGAGCAGGGACAUCAACUGCAGAUAUCAUAAGUAAAGGAGUAAAUGUUGCAUAUGGUGGUAUGUUGUCAUGGUGUAUGUCUUUGUUUAUAGUUUUGUUAAAUUUUGUUUAGAUGCCUUUUUAUUUUCUUAAGUUUUACCUAUGGUGGAGUCAACACGAGUUAAUUUGACAAAACCAAAAGGGGGUGUAUUAUGAGGAAUUUUUCUUAAUGACAAUGUAUCUGGUCUAUUAGUUUAACAGUUUAGCAUAUUAUUAGAUGGAAAUUUGGAUGUGUAA